ACUCAUCUGCUUGGCUCUCCUCACACCACCCUUGGAUUCUUGCACUUGGGAGCAAGCUAUAGCUUUGCUUUGCCUUCCUCUCUUCAACCCUCACUCUCAGCAUUGUUAAGCUCAGGAUUUGGCCACCUUUCUCCUAUAGGGAUCACACAAACACCGGUAGAAAAAAGCUCUUCUUGGAGCUCUCUGCUUGGCCUCUCUCUCUUUAGUUUAGCCGCAAACAAUUUCCUCUCAUUUUUUCUUUGAUGGCCGCGUUGCAUGGGCAUGGCUUCGCGGUCACCGUGCUACUGGUGGUGUUGUUGGUGCAAUGUGACGCGGCGGAGGCGACGACGUGCGCCGGUGCGGUGCCGGCGAGGCCACGGCCGGAGACGGUGUCCAUCGCCGAGUUCGGCGGCGUGGGCGACGGCCGGACGGUGAACACGUGGGCGUUCCACAAGGCAGUGUACCGCAUCCAGCACCAGCGCCGCCGCGGCGGCACCACGCUGCUCGUGCCGGCCGGAACGUGGCUCACCGGCAGCUUCAACCUCACCAGCCACAUGACCCUCUUCCUCGCCAGGGGCGCCGUCCUCAAGGCCACACAGGAGACGAGGAGCUGGCCGCUGGCGGAGCCGCUGCCGUCGUACGGAAGGGGGAGGGAGCUGCCGGGGGCGAGGUACACCAGCUUCAUCCACGGCGACGGCCUCCGCGACAUCGUGAUUACAGGUGACAAGGGAAUCAUCGAUGGACAAGGUGAUGUAUGGUGGAACAUGUGGAGGCAAAGGACACUUCAGCAUACCAGGCCCAACCUUCUGGAAUUCAUGCAUUCCAGUGGCAUUCACAUCUCCAACAUUGUUCUCAAGAAUUCACCCUUCUGGAACAUCCAUCCUGUUUAUUGCGACAAUGUGGUCAUAACCAACAUGAUGAUCAUCGCACCACAUGACUCGCCCAACACCGAUGGAGUUGAUCCAGAUUCUAGCACCAACGUAUGCAUCGAGGACUCCUACAUCUCAACCGGCGACGAUCUCGUGGCCAUCAAGAGCGGCUGGGACGAGUACGGCAUCGCCUACGGGCGGCCGAGCUCGGGCAUCACCAUCAGGCGCGUCAGGGGCUCGUCCCCCUUCAGCGGCAUCGCCAUCGGCAGCGAGGCAUCGGGAGGCGUCAGCAACGUGCUGGUGGAGGACUGCAGCAUCUUCAACAGCGGCUACGGCAUCCACAUCAAGACCAACAUUGGGAGGGGCGGCUUCAUCAGGAACAUCACCGUUGACAACGUCCGCAUGAACAGCGUCCGCAACGGGCUGCGCAUCGCCGGCGAUGUCGGUGACCACCCAGAUGAGCACUUCAGCCAGCUCGCGCUGCCCACCGUGGAUGCUGUCAGCAUCAAGAACGUGUGGGGUGUCAAUGUGCAGCAGCCCGGGUCGAUCGAGGGGAUCAGGAACUCGCCGUUCACGAGGAUAUGCCUCGCCAACGUGAAGCUGUUUGGGUGGAGGAAUAAUGCAGCUUGGAAGUGCAGGGACGUCCAUGGCGCGGCGCUGGGUGUGCAGCCGGGGCCGUGUGCAGAGCUCACGACCAGCCUUUCUUCAGGGUUCUGCAGCUAUUAGUGUGAUCCAGUUGUAUAAUGUUUUUUGAUUAGAAAGGUUGUGCUUGCUUUUUUUUUAGGUUUGACUGCUCCCUAAUUGUGGUUGGGAUUGAUCAAUAUGUUAGGCUUGUGCUAAUCAGUUAAGGAGUUUUAGGUGUCUUUUUGUUAGAGAAAGGUUUGGCUUCUAAGUUGUCAGUCUGAGUGCAAAUAUGUUCUAAUCUGAAUAAUAAAUCCCAGCUUGUGUGAGAUUAAUACUCCGUCAGACUUGUGAUCAAA